GCACCAGCAAUGCUACGCGGGGACAGAAAUUUGAAGAGAGACAUUGUUCUCCACCAGGAUGUCUAUGAAAUGGAUUUCAGUUCCUCUGCUGCUACAGAUGGCUUGUUACUUCAGCUCUGGGAGCUGUGGAAAGGUGCUGGUGUGGCCCACAGAAUACAGCCACUGGAUCAACAUAAAGACAAUGCUGGAUGAACUUGCCCACAGAGGCCAUGAAGUGGUUGUUCUGGCAUCUUCAGCCUCCAUUCUUGUUGAUCCCACCAAAUCACCUGCUAUUAAAUUUGAGAUUUUCCCUACGUCUUUAACCAAGGUUGAAUUUGAGGAUAUAUUUGGACAAAUGGUCAGUAGAUGGACAUAUGACCUUCCAAAAGAGACAUUCUGGACAUAUUUUUCACUAAUGCAAGAAAUUGUGUUGAAAUAUAGUGAUUGUAUUGAAAAGCUCUGUAGAGAUGUAGUUUUGAAUAGAAAACUUAUGACCAGACUGCAGGAAUCAAGGUUUGAUGUCGUUCUUGCAGAUGCCGUUGGACCCUGUAGUGAGCUGCUGGCUCAGCUACUCAACAUACCUUUAGUGUACACAGUUCGUGCUUCUCCUGGCUACACAUUUGAAAAGUACGGUGGAGGCCUUCCUUUCCCUCCAUCCUAUGUACCUGUUAUUUUGUCAGAAUUAAGUGAUAAAAUGACAUUCAUAGAGAGGGUAAAAAAUAUGUUGUAUUUGCUUUAUUUUGACUUUUGGUUCCAAACAGUUGAUUUGAAGAAGUGGAAUCAGUUUUACAGCGAAGUACUAGGACGACCAACUACCUUUUACGAGUUAAUGAGGAAAGCUGAUAUGUGGCUCAUUCGAACCUAUUGGGACUUUGACUAUCCUCACCCACUCUUACCCAAUGUUCAGUAUGUUGGAGGCCUCCACUGCAAACCUGCUAAACCUCUGCCUAAGGAAAUGGAACAGUUUGUCCAGAGCUCUGGAGAGAACGGUAUUGUGGUGUUUACUCUGGGGUCAAUGGUCAGCAACAUGUCAGAAGAGCGAGCCAAUGUGAUUGCGUCAGCCCUUGCCCAGAUUCCACAAAAGGUUCUGUGGAGGUUUGAUGGCAAAACACCAGACACCUUAGGGCAGAAUACUCAGCUGUAUAAGUGGAUCCCCCAGAAUGACCUACUUGGUCAUCCAAAGACUAAAGCCUUCAUAACUCAUGGUGGAGCCAAUGGCAUCUAUGAGGCAAUCUACCACGGGAUCCCAAUGGUGGGCAUUCCUUUGUUUGGAGAUCAACCUGAUAACAUCGCUCACUUGGAGGUCAAAGGAGCAGCUGUCAGACUGGAUUUGGAGACACUGUCUAGUACAGAUUUGCUCCGUGCAUUGAAGAGAGUCAUUAAUGACCCUUUAUAUAAAGAGAAUGCUAUGAGAUUAUCAAGAAUUCAUCAUGACCAGCCAAUGAAACCUCUCGACCGAGCGGUCUUCUGGAUCGAGUUUGUCAUGCGCCACAAAGGAGCCAAGCACCUGCGGCCAGCCUCCCAUGACCUCACCUGGUUCCAGUACCACUCCCUGGAUGUGAUUGGGUUCCUGCUGGCCUGUGUGGCCACUGCUCUAUUUGUCAUCACAAAAUGUUGUCUGUUUUGUUGCCGGAAGUUUGCUAAAAUAGGAAUGAAGGACAAAAAGGAGUAGUUGUUUCUGAGGCCAGAAGCUGGGAUGACUCACAGAUGGGCCUCCUCCAGUUUAUUCCAGCAAGAAGCUGUGAUGUAAGGUUCCCUUCCUCCUGCGAUAAAAUGACUUUUCACAAUGUAGUUUAUCAGAUCAAAUUUGUUUUCAAGGGAUUUGUUACAUUUUUAAGAGUUAGAAAUAUGUCAUGCUAAAGAGAAAAAAAACGGCAUACAAUAAAACUAUUUUUCUAAUUUGAAAGGUACACCAACAAAAGUGACCUUAACUGUGUUUCCUGCCACGCAUAUGGACACAAAAGCCUUAUUCACAACGAAAGCAUUAUUGUGAAAAAAUUCAGAAUAUUUUAAUUUCCUUUUGGUGCAGAACUUUAUCUAAUUAAUCAUUUUUAUUGUGCAUCUGUCCUAGGCAACACUACUUACCUAAAAACAUGGCAAGCUAUUUGCCUUCAUCUAGUUUAAAUCAAUUCCCAGAGAAAUAUUUGUAGAAUUAGAAGUAUAACAACUGCAACCUUCUUCUGUGGCUCAAGGACAAAGGUGGUCCCCCACCCUGGGCAAGUUCUUUAUGAACCUGCUGAUAACGAAGAAAUCCAGGGAAAGGGGAAAGGGUUUUUAUUUGUCAUGGCUCAGUCUCUCUCACAGAACUCCCCCAAAUCCUCCAUCUCUGGCCCCACUAGUAAGCUAGUUCCCCCAUCCCAUCCCUGUGACUGGGUUGUAUGCUCCCCUUAGCCCUGCUUCUUCCUGGAGGAACUCCGUGGGUGGGUGUCUGGUGACUGAUAGGCAUCUGACCAAUUACACCCCAGGAAAAGAGGGGAGAAGAGAAUGGCCAUUUUCUCUCCACCCCUUGCUCCAGGCCAGCCAAGGGGGACCACAGUGGAGUGGUAAACAUUACAUUGAUGUGCAAAUAGGUCCUUAUAUGCAUACUACUAUCAAGGCCAGGUGGGAAAUUCUGCUUGAAAACUUCCAUUUACCCCAUAGCUUCCUAUUAUACAAUUAAGCUAUGUGAAAGUCUUUGAUUUCAUGACCUAAUUUUAUUUUCCUCAUGAUCUUUAAUAAUAUUCACUUGGUUGCUUUCACUCUCACAUUCAGCCUUAGAUAAUGGAUGAAAGGUUUCAAACGUAGAUUAUUAAACCUGCACCUUAAAGGGACUUCACGAAUUUUCAUUAUUUUCAAAUGUUCAUGAACAGAAAUAUGCCUGCUUCUUUUAUAACAUCAUGUAGUACUGUUUAUCUGCUUACAGAUAUGGUGUAAAAUUCAAUGUGUUUGUUGAAAUUUGAAAUAAUGCCUAUGGUUCUAUUUCACCAUACUCAGGGGAGCCUGUCUCAUGCUUUUGUCUCUUUUCUCAGGAGUCCAAGAUCCCAUUCCUCCCACAGCUCUUAUGUGUAAACAUUAAGUCCUUUGUCAUGACAGAAAAUAAUAAUUAUUUUAUUUAAACCUAGGCACAUUAUAACUGACAUAAUCAAUAACAAUAAGAAGAAUAUGAAAAUGUUGUUAAUUUUAUGGAAUAUUGUCAAAUCAAAGGAAUCCAAAGACCCUCCUAAAAACUACAAAUGAGGGACUCACUUUACGAUCAAAGUGUUCCAGGUCAGGAGAAGCAUACCUCCCUGCUGGUCAUACACAAUCCAAGUCUUACAACAAACAUUCCCUAUGCUAAGGCAUGAAUUUAUUUUUUUUUUAAUUUAAAACUUGGAUUCUUGGGGAAUCUUAGGAGAAAUUUACCACAGGAUUUUCUGUACAAAUUCUCAAUAAUUGACAUUUUUUAAACAUUCCAUAACUUAUACAGCACCAUAAUUGAUAUUGUUUAAUCAUGUAUAUACACUCAAAUUAUUUUCCUCAAAUCUACAUUGCAGCACACAUAACACGAGAGGGAUUAUUAUUCAUUGCGUAGUGAAAACUGUAAGGUUGAAGGCACUGGGGGGAGGGGUGAGCACGUCAGACACUGAUGACGUGCCAAAGUCCCCAGCUGCUGCCCCUCCCAACCUGAAAAACGUGCCUUGGGCUAGCCUAUCCUAGUGCCGCUGUAAAUCUAAGCUCUUCCUCCCCCUAUCUUCUUUAAAAACUCGCUGCCUAUCUAUUUACGAGCACGUUUCCCAGCCUCCAUUUCUGUAGACUGAGAAACCUUGCCUGGGAAUUGCGUGCAAAUAAACUACCUGGCCCUUUGUUACCUCUCUUCACCUGCUUAUUUUGGCUAGAAUUUAUCUUACAAAAACUACUUCAAAUUUCUUAUAAAAAGUCAAGCAACCCAAUAUGAAAAUAGGUGAAGGACAUGAACAGGAUAUUCACAUAAGCAAAAUGGCUAAUAUCAUAUAUAAAUUAUGACAAAUGUCAUUGGUGCUUUGGGAAAUGGAAUGUGAGUCAAUAAAUAAUUUUUCUACAGAUGAUUUGCCAUGCAAAUAUCUGGUACAAACUCUUUUUGAGGAAGUAUAAUAUGGAAAAGCCCUUUUAAAUGAAAUUUAAACAUAUCAUUUGACAUUGCAAUUCUACAUCCAGAAAUCUGUCACAUAGAAAUACUUGCACGUGUUCAUGGUUAUAUUUAGAAUGUUCCCACUAGCAUUACAUGGCUUUCAGGGAACACACUUAUGUCAAACAUAUGUAUAAAUAAUAUAUCCAUUAGGAAAAAAAGAUUACAAGCAAACUGUUGCACACUCUCCAUGUCACAUUAUAAUAAACAAGUUCCAGAAA